AUUGUUUAAAGCUAUUUUUUUAUCAGUGCACAAAGCUUUGUUAUUAUUAACGAUUCCCUUUGUUCGUGACUUACUUAAAGUUAAAAUUCUAAAAUGGAAACGAGAUUGGUAACUUUUUUGCUUUUAUUAUUUUCAAGUAGUAGUUAUUCUUACAAACCUGUAGUUUUGAUACACGGAAUUAUGACGGGAAGUGGAAGCAUGGAAAUGAUCUCGCACAGAAUUCAAGAGAAACAUCCAGGGACAGUAGUAUACAAUGUCAAUAGAUUUGAAGGCUGGACGAGCUUAGAAACAAUGUGGCACCAAGUGCUGGAAAUUGGAAUGGAUGUUGCUAAUAUUUCUGCAAAGCAUCCAGGGGGUAUCAAUAUCAUAGGAUAUUCACAAGGGGGACUAGUUGCAAGGGGUAUAGUGCAAACAUUUUCAAAUGUGUCUGUUGACACAUUUAUAUCACUCAGUUCACCGCAGGCUGGGCAGUAUGGAGCCGGAUUCCUACACUUAGUAUUUCCUGGCCUAGUAAAAGACACUGUGUAUGAAUUGUUCUACUCGCGGGUGGGGCAGCACACUUCGGUGGGCAACUACUGGAACGACCCGUACCAUCAGACUCUGUACGAGACCUACAGCGUCUACUUGCCGUACAUCAACAACCAUAUCAGAUCAGCGAAAUCAGAUGAUUUUAAAAACAAUUUAUUGAGGCUUAAGAGGCUAGUGUUGAUUGGUGGGCCUGAUGAUGACGUCAUCACACCAUGGCAGAGCAGUCAAUUCGGUUAUUAUAACGGCAGCGAGUCUGUGAUAGAAAUGCGAGCUCAGGACAUUUACAAGGAGGAUCGCAUCGGAUUACGGGCAUUAGACAGUUCCAAUAGAUUGCAUGUAUUAACCGUGCCUGGGGUGAAUCACUUCUCUUGGCAUAUGAACGUUACUAUCGUAGACGACUGUUUGUUACCAUACUUGGAUUAAGAUCGAUAUUAGGUCCG